GGCGAUUCAUAAACAAAGCGAUCAAGUGGAGACUCCGCGGUCAAAUAGACCGGUUUAAAUAUUUAGCUUUUGGACUUGUAUGAAAAGUAUGUGAUUAGGUGAUAGAGUAUCAGCCUUAAACGAUUAUCAGGGCACAAAAUGCCACCGAAUGUUGAAUUGGAAGAUUGGCGAGUUUCGGGCAUAUCUCGAACAUAUCCCAGCUAUCGAAAACAGUGGCCCGUCAGCGAUGAAAGUUGGCUGGAAGGCAAACACAAAGACGACGAAGCCGAGGGCUUAUGGCGUAUCAGAGAUAAACUUUACGACUUGACGGACUUUGCCCAGCGGCAUCCGGGCGGCGCCUUCUGGAUCGAGUGCACCAAGGGCACCGAUAUAACCGAACCGUUCGAGUCCCAUCACAUCGAGGAGCAUGCAGCUCGUUUACUCGGCAAAUUCGAGGUGCGAGAUGCGAAAAAGCCAAGAAAUUACAAGUUUGCUCUCGAGGAGAAUGGCUUCUACUUGACCCUUAAAAGACGCGUGAGGGAGAAGUUGCGAAAAAUUAAAUAUCAACCCACGCGAAAGACGGAUCUUCUCCACACGGGCAUACUGAUCUCAGUGCUGCUCUUCAGCUGGACAAGCACCGUUGCCGACUCUUUGAUAUUGAGGGCAUUUGCGGGCCUGGCCCUUAGUUGGCUGGUGAUCUCUGCCCACAAUUAUUUCCAUCAGCGCGAUAAUUGGCGCAUGUAUAGCUUCAAUUUAUUGCUAUUGAACUUUGCCAAUUGGCGCAUAUCGCAUGCUCUAUCCCAUCAUGUUUAUCCGAAUUCGUUGCACGAUCUCGAGAUGACGAUGUUUGAGCCCUUUGUCUGCUGGGUGCCAAGCAAACACUACGCAAGCAAACCACAGCGAGUGAUUUCCUUACUGACGUCACCGAUCAUCUACACGGUCUUGAGUGUGGUGCAGUUUACGCAACGCCUCGUCUACUCGCUAGUCAAACGGAAUGUUAUGUACUGGCACGAUAUUUUGGGCUUCAGUUUACCCCUUUUCCUAUAUCUGUCUACAAAUGUGGGUUUCUCGGCUGCAAUCACAAGCUGGAUAAUCAUAUUGGGUAUAGCUAGUUUUAUUUUUGGUUUCAUUGGUGUGACGGCAGCUCAUCAUGAUCCACGGAUUUAUCAUGAUGGCGAUGCGCCGCGAGCUGAUCGAGAUUGGGGCCUCUUCCAGUUGGAUACGAUCAUCGAUCGUGGCGAUCUUAAGUGGUCCGAUCUGUUGGUGCUUACUCACUUUGGUGAGCAUGCACUGCAUCAUAUGUUUCCCACACUGGAUCAUGGUGUGCUCAAGCAGCUAUACCCAGAGUUGCAACAGACUCUGGCCGAGUUCAAGUGUGAACUCCGUGAGAUUAAUCAUUGGGGUCACAUCAAGGGGCAAAAUCAGCAAUUGCUGCGUACGAAACCAAAUCCAAUUCCACAAGGCAGCAAGAAGUUUGAGUAGUUUAUUUGGUGAUCUUAUUGUUUGUAGGGGUUAAUAAUGUACGACAUAUACACUAUAUGGUGGUGUGUAAGCAAUAAAUAAAAUUCAAAACAA